AUGCACGAUCUCACCUCUGCUUCCGUUUUCGGCCCUGACAACACAAGACACGUCGUGCUCGCCGCUACCAGAGUGGUCGACCUCAAAGUUGAAGCCAUCAUUGUUGAUCGAGACGUAACCCACCUUCUCUCGGGCUCAGCACUUGUAGCAGGACAAAAGACAAGCACAACCAUCCCCGCGGACAAAGUGACCUUGGCUGUUGGCGCAGAAUAUGGCUUUCCCAGUCGUAUCUCACCUGCGGCCGUAUCUAAGGAGGAUGUGGUCCGAGACUUUAAGCGGAUGCAGCAGGACAUUGCUGCGGCACGAGAAAUUCUCGUAAUCGGAGGGGGAUCGACCGGCGUCGAGUUUGUCGGUGAAGUGCUAGACGUUCACCCCAAGAAAGCAAUAACGCUGCUCACUCGCGGUCCUGGUUUAAUCACCAAUGGGCAUGAUGCAUUUGGGUCUGUAUCGAAAAGCCUUCUCUCCCAGCUCGAAGCCAAGGGGGUGAGGGUUUUGCUCAACGACUCGCUCUCGCUCGACGGCAUUCCUGAAGGCCCCGUUGGCAGAAUGGAGACCUUCACGACCAAGAAAGGCGAGACUAUCUCCGCAGACUACGUCAUGCUGUGCAGCGGCAACAAACCGAACACGAAGUGGAUCGCCUCGAUCGAUGCCAACCUCGUCGACCCUCAAACGAAGCUUAUCAAAGUAAACACGACCUUCGGAGUCGACGCCCCCGGCUGGGGGGCCUACUACGCGUUGGGAGAUGCCGCCGCCACGCCUGGCCCCAAAACCUCGUACGUCGCCCAAAAGCACGGUCCCGCGGUCGCACACAACAUCGCUGUCACCAUCAAAGGCGAGACCGAUCAGAGCAAACUCAAGAAAGCGGUCGCCCCACCGGGGAAAAUGAUUGUGGUUCCGCUUGGCAAGAGCGGAGGAGCGAGUUACUUGAUGUUCUUCAGCGCAGGCGGGUGGCUGACGAGCCUUCUGAAGGGAAAGGGCUUGCUCACCGACAUGUUCCAGGGCUGGUUCAAAGCCUAG